GAAAUAGAGAACAAGGCCGCCAACAUUCGAGAGCUUGGCCAGCAAAUUGUCCACUUGGAUUCGUUUGUACGGCUGAACUACGUGGGUUUCCAGACGCUUACUGAGAAGUUCGACGACCUCCUGGGCACAGCUGGCAGUGCGCUCUUUGUGUCCGGUCUUCACUGCGAGCCUUUCUGUAACAUUCGCUUCGAUGACAUUUUGAUUCUGCUGGGCUUGGCAUGGGCGCUGUGGCGCACAGCACAAUCAACCGAGCAAAGCAAGGAUGCAACGUGGAAGCCGCCCGAGAGCUUUAUCCGGAACACGUCGAAGUACUGGGUAGCACCCGAGAAUGUGGUCCUGCUGAAGACCCGCAUCGUGGAACACCUGCCGUAUCUAAUCUUCGGCGCAUCUCAAACAGAGCAAGAAAAGCUGCUGGAGCCUUUCGCGCUCUUGGAUCUGGAGUAUGACGGCCUUGAUGACCAGAAGGCUCUCAGCGCCUACUCGGGUACAAUGGAGGAGUCGCAACUUCUCAGCUCAGUGUACUUCGACAGUCCGGAGGCAACCAGUUACCAGGAGCGGAUCCGCCGUGAAGAGGGGGCUCGAUUGGUCAGGUUUCGAUGGUAUGGAGAGAACAGCCAGGAGCCCGACAAAGAGAUCUACGUGGAGCGAAAGAUCCACCACGAGGGCUGGGGUGGCAAGAAGUCAGCAAAAGAACGCUGCGUUAUUCCCCAGGAGGACAUCUUCGAUUUCAUGAAAGGCAAGUUUGACAUUGAUGGGUACUUCAAGCAGCUCGAGGAGCAGGGAAUGUAUUCAGAAAAGGCCCGAAAGAACAUGAAGGGCAUCGCUGUUGAGGUGAACAAGCUGAUCCAAGACAAGAAACUCCAGCCCAUCAUCCGAACUUCGUAUUACAGAUGCGCCUUUCAGCUUGCGACGGACAACAAAGUCCGCAUUUCCCUCGACACGCAGAUGUCUCUUCUAAAUGAGUACAUGGCAGGAGGACAUCAGAACAAGCCCUGGUGCCAUAUAGCAUCAGACAGCCUGCAGCGUGACGACGUCUAUCGCUUCCCGUAUGCAAUCCUCGAAAUCAAGCUGCAGGACGUGUCAGAGGCUCCCCUGUGGCUCCGGCAGACACUCAACGACAUCAGCGCGAUCCAAGUUCACAAAUUCUCCAAGUUUCAGCAUGCGAUGGCCUUCCUGCACCCACAGCGAGUACCCAUACUGCCGCACUGGCACAAGGAUUUCCUGGAGUGGCAGAACAAGAAGGACGACGCCGAGGCCAAUUUUCGACGCCGGAAGAAGCUAAGCCGCCCGGAUUGUGAGUAA